GUGACGGGCGUUUUCUGUUCGAGUGCUAUAGAGAGCGCAUCAGAGGAUGCAGGCAUGCUGAUUGUCGACCACAUGCGAAAGACUGAGGAGUACGCGACGAAGCUCACAAAUCUGUUUAAGCAGAUCGAUGCCGACAACUCGGACACCAUCUCCAUACUGGAGUUCGAGGAGAAUUUCGGAGAUCCGGAGGUGAAGGCCCUGUUCCAAACUCUGGGCAUCGACGAGGAUAAGGCAUGGAAGCUCUUCGAGAUACUCGAUGAGAACGAGGAUGGUGAGAUCCACGUCGAAGAGUUCGUGUCACGCUGCUUCAAGCUGCGGGGUUCUGCGCAGCGGCUAGACACAGAGAGGAUCUAUGCCGUGAUGAAGAGACAGAGUGCGCAGCUGGACGACAUCUCAGGCUAUGUCAAUGAUCUUCUACGGGGUAUCACCUCCCUCGUUCUCAACCAGCAGCAACGCCGGACCGGCCCCCUCGGAAG